GCUUUUACUGUUUUCUGUUUGUGACUCUGGGAACGAAAGCGUAUGGAUGGCUUAUACCACCAACCUGCCCUGCGUAACUUUGUAUUUAUGUAUAUAGAUAGGAACGGGAUCGGCAACCCACGGCGAAUGGGACAUCAAGCAAGGUCACAGGGCAAGAGACGAGGCACGCGUGAAAAGGGAAAGGAAGAGAGAGAGAGAGAGAGAGAGAGAGAGAGAGAGAGAGAGAGACAGACACAGAGAGAGAAAGGAAUCCCGACUGAUACCUAUCUACCUACCUUAUUACCUGGCCAUGCCAUCAGUCUAGCGCAGCGCACACACGUGUACGUACGUUACAUACCAUAACAUACUUCUCAGA